AUGUCAACGCUUAAUGUCUUCUCAUCAGGUCUCAUGGCAGGACAGGCCUUUCUUCCAAUUCUAAUGCUCUGUUUCCUACAGGUCAUGCUGGCCACACAUACCGCCUGCCAACAACAACUGGCAGUGAAGCUGGUGAAGAAGAGGGUCCUGCUUCAGGACUUUAAAGACAAUGUCCUGAUUGAGCGACAGGUCCUGGAGGUGACUGGAAAGAGUCCAUUGUUUACCCAUGCUUAUGCCACCUUCCAGACCAAGGACUAUGCCUUCUUCAUCAUGGAGUUUCUUAGCGGAGGAGACCUAAGUGGCCUCAUGAGAGCCAACGCCCCAUUCACCGUUCCAGUCACCAGAUUUAUGGCAGCUGAGAUCAUCUGUGGGCUGCAGUUUCUCCACACCAGAGGCAUCAUACACAGGGACAUAAAACCAGCCAAUAUCUUAAUAGACAGCGCCGGUCACUUGAAGAUCGCCGAUUUUGGUCUUGCCGUGAUGAACAUCUUUGGGGAUAAGAAGAUCUCAGAAUAUGCCGGAACUCUUAGAUACAUGGCUCCUGAGGUGAGGAAUCAUCGACUGCACAUGCUACUGAGCUGUUUCUUUCUACAGGGCUGGACAGCUCCAUGACUUCUGCUGGCCUGGAC